UGUCAAUUCCACCGGAUCACAUCAAGAGUCCAGGAGUGUUAGUAAACAAGCCAAGUGAUCAGCAAACACAGAGAAACCAACCGAGAUUGCAGCAACAGCUAUAAAAGUCGAUGGGUCGACCGGCUCCCCCUCAGUGUCGAUCAACAUUCCAUGUACGUCGUUUCUGUUGUUAAAAAUAUACUGAAUUCAUUUGUUUGAAGACUGAUUGAUCAGCAAGAUCAUGAGAAUCCCUGUGAUUUUGCUCGCGUGCAUCGCAAUCGCGAGUGGAGCUGUCCUUAAGAAAAGUGGCGAGACGUUAGAGGAAGAGGAAGCACGAGCUGAACAGAGGCUGAGAGAGAUCAAUGAGGAACUGGAUCGCAAAAAGAACAUCAAUACUGUAGCAUCCUGGGCCUAUGCUUCCAACAUUACCGAAUCCAAUCUCAAGAACAUGAAUGAUAUAUCCGUGGAAACCGCCAAAUAUUACAAGGAACUCGCUGCGGAACUCAAAGGGUUCAAUACGAAGGACUACAAAAAUGAGGACCUCAAAAGGCAAAUCAAGAAACUAUCCAAAUUAGGAUAUAGUUCUCUAUCUUCUGAGAAGUAUAAAGAACUUUUGGAGGCUAUAACAUCAAUGGAAUCAAAUUAUGCUAAAGUAAAGUUGUGCUCCUACACGGAUCCUAAUAAAUGUGACCUGGCACUUGAGCCUGAAAUCACGGAGAUUUUGAUAAGUAGCCGAGAUCCUGAGGAGUUGAAGUACUACUGGAAGCAAUGGUAUGACAAGGCCGGUACCCCAACUAGAGAAAGCUUCAAUAGAUACAUUGAAUUAAAUCGGGAAGCUGCUCAACUUGACGGAUACAAUUCAGGAGCCGAAUCCUGGUUGGAUGAAUACGAGGAUGAAACAUUUGAGGCCCAAUUGGAGAAUAUCUUUAAUCAAAUCCGACCUCUCUAUGAACAACUUCACGCUUACGUGAGAUUUAAGCUGGGAGAGAAAUACGGUCGAGAUAUAGUCCCGGAAAAAGGUCCUAUUCCCAUGCAUGUCCUUGGAAAUAUGUGGGGUCAAACCUGGAGUGAAAUAGCCCAAAUUUUAGUCCCAUAUCCAGACAAGAAGCUUUUAGAUGUAACUGAUGAAAUGGUAAAACAAGGUUACACUCCUGUUUCGAUGUUCCAGAAAGGCGAUGAAUUUUUCCAAAGUCUCAAUAUGACCAAACUUCCCCAAUCUUUCUGGGACAACAGUAUCCUGGAGAAGCCUAAGGAUGGUCGCGAAAUGGUUUGCCAUGCUAGUGCUUGGGAUUUCUAUGUUAAGGACGACGUGAGAAUCAAGCAGUGCACCAGGGUUACAAUGGACCAAUUCUUUACAGCUCAUCAUGAACUCGGACACAUCCAGUACUAUCUUCAGUAUCAGCAUCAACCUAGCGUUUACCGUGAAGGUGCUAAUCCAGGUUUUCACGAGGCUGUUGGAGAUGUCCUAUCUCUCUCAGUUUCCACUCCAAAACACCUCGAGAAGGUGGGUCUGCUGAAGGAUUUCAAAUUCGACGAGGAAGCCCAAAUCAAUCAACUUCUGAACCUGGCUCUGGACAAAAUGGCCUUCCUGCCGUUUGCCUACACCAUCGACAAGUACCGUUGGGGUGUCUUCCGCGGUGAAAUCCAACCAUCGGACUACAACUGCAAGUUUUGGGAACUCAGGGCACAAUAUGGUGGUAUCGAACCCCCAGUAACUCGAUCAGAGGAUGACUUUGAUCCACCUGCAAAGUAUCACAUUUCGGCGGAUGUUGAGUACCUAAGGUACUUGGUGUCCUUCAUCAUCCAAUUCCAGUUCCAUCAAGCUGCUUGCGAGAAGGCUGGUCAGUUUGUGCCCAAUGAUCCAGAAAAGACCCUACUCAACUGUGACAUCUACCAGAGCGCUGAAGCUGGCAAUGCAUUCAAAGAAAUGCUUCAGUUGGGAUCUUCAAAGCCAUGGCCGGAUGCAAUGCAAGUGUUGACGGGGCAGAGGAAAAUGGAUGCUGGGGCUCUCAUUGAGUACUUCAGACCACUCAGUCAGUGGCUGGAGAAGAAGAACAAGGAAUUGGGAGCGUAUAUUGGAUGGGAAAAAUCAACAAAAUGCGUAAAAAAAUAAACCAUAUCCAGUAUAAUCAUAUCAAAAUGGACGUAAUAUCUCAUUCUCAAGUAACACAUCUCUGUGUCUUAUAAAUUUUCUGUGAAAACUUCAGUGUUUAGUGUAAUGAUUGACAGAGGUUCACUUAAAUAAAGCACUUGAUGACUAUUA